CCCAGUUUUCCAAAGUCUCCUUUUUUCAGUAAACUGAGCAAAUAUCCAAACAUCACACAGGUAAUGGAGGAGCUAAGCAUCAACACCUCCCAAAACAGAGAUUUGACCUCCCUGCAGCAGCUGACUCAGGCUGCUGUGCAUACAAUAGAGGCUGAUGGCCAUCACCCCUUAACCUCAAGUGACAUCCUCUACUUCGCUCAGCUGAUUGAUGGCAUUGCAGCCAGCACCCACUCUGCAGGAACCAAUUCAGCAGAGGUCAUGAUGUCCAUUGCUACAAACUAUUUAAACCUAGCAAAUGUGAUGCUUGAGCCACAAACGGCUGCGCAGUGGGUUGGUCAGACUGAGGAURGGGUCAACACUGGACCAUUUACAAUCAUCAAGAGCAUUGAUAGUCUCACCGAAGCUCUUGCAGACACACUGUCUGUUCAGCAAAGGGGCUUCACUCUCUCUACUAAAAACAUAGAUGUGUACCUGAAGUGGCAAAAACUUUCUCCCGAGAGCAGCAGUCAGGUCUUCAAGCCAUCUGCAGUCCCCUCUCACAGGCCCAGAGGAGGUCGUCACGACGAGCUGAUUAUCCCAGACUCUGAACUACAGCGGUUACAUAAAUUAGGAUAUGAAGAAGUGAUGCUUAUUCAUACCCACUACAGCCACCUCAGUGAGGUUGUGUCUGCAACAGARACAUCUACAGAGACUCAGCUAAACAAAACAGAGAGUACUCUUCCAGGCAAACUAACCUCUGCUGUCAUAUCAGCGACUGUCCGAGACGUCUUGAAGGGCCAAACMGUCCCUGUGGCCGUCCAGUACACCCUUUCAUCUUCACAAGUGACGAAGUAUUCCCGGAGAGUUCCUGCUGUUUGCGCAUUUUGGAAUUUCAGCCUGAUGCAUAGUCACGGGAGUGGCUGGUCCAGUGAUGGCUGCUCCCUGAUCUCUAUUGGCUCUAGUGAUACUUCAUGUCUGUGCAACCACACAACCAACUUUGCAGUCCUGAUGAACUACUUGGAAUCUAAGUGGAGUCCUGAAGAAGAGCUUAUUUUGACCAARCUUACAUUCAUUGGCUGUGGGGCAUCUCUCUGCGCACUGGUGGUGACCUUGAUGCUCUUCACUGUCCUGGACAUCCCUAAAUCAGACCGGACCUCCAUCCAUAAAAACCUGUUUAUAGCUCUGAUCUGUGCCCAGGUGAUUCUGCUCUGCAGUGGCUCCGCCAUACACAGCAAGGUGGCUUGCACACUUGUUGCUGCGCUGCUCCAUCUUUUCUUCAUGGCAGCUUUCAGUUGGAUGCUGGUUGAAGGGCUGCUGCUCUGGAGCAAAGUAGUUGCAGUCAACCUCAGCGAGGAUCAUCAUAUGAAGUAUUACUAUCUCAUCGGUUGGGGUCUUCCUGUGCUGAUCGUCACCAUCACUCUUGCGUCGGCCUCAGGCAAAUACUCAGCUGAUGAYUACUGUUGGCUCAGUGUCCAAAAUGGUAUCAUCUGGGGAUUUGUUGGUCCGGUCAUCUUCAUCAUAAUGGUCAAUAUCUUGGUUCUGACCAGGGUGGUAAUCAUCACCAUCUCGACAGCAAAGAGAAGGUCCAUCAUGCUCGCCUUGGGCAUGAGUCCUGCUGAGCAAACCUAUGAGCAGAUCAGGGCCGCAGUGAAAGCRGUGUUGGUGUUGCUGCCAAUCCUUGGGCUCACAUGGCUCUUCGGCGUUUUGGUACCAUUUUCCAUCGUUAUGGCCUACCUCUUCAUUCUUCUCAAUUCCCUACAGGGCCUGUUCAUCUUUCUGAUAUAUGGGGUGUACAACACAGAGGUAUGGAGUACUGUCAACAGGAUCAAGGAGAGAAGAAAAGCACUUAAUUUGUCCAACUGUGCCAGCUCCCGACCAUCCAGUUCUUUGACCACUUCCCGUCCUGUAAGUUAUCCGCUUGGAUCAACCCCUAGCCAGGAGGAAGAGACCUACCCGUGCAACAGCACAUCCUCUAAUAGGAUGGAGGACGAGAAGAGCAGAGGUGAGGUGCCCAGUCCAUGUGCUGAGGAAAAAUCCCUGCUUCAAACAUCCACAUUGACUCCAGCUGAUAAAAAGAUUCCCCCUAGCAAGCUACAGAGAAACUAUACACAAAUAAGUGGAGUCUCCMACAAGUUCUUUGCUUAA